AUGAAUCCAGUCGAAAAGCAAUCAAAGCCAGCAUCUGCCGAUGCAGUGCUUGCCACGGCAGACCACAUUGUGUUGGAUGUGAAAGAAAACCCGAAAACAUGGCCCACAACUAAGAAGUGGGUCUGCACUAGCAUUGUGGUGAUGAUGACGGCGACCGUGGCCUGCUGCUCUAGUAUCUACACUGCUGCCCUCCCGGAUAUUAUGAAAGACUUGGGAUGUUCACAGACUGUGGCGACCCUUGGAGUGACGACCUUCCUCCUAGGCUUCGGGUCAGGAUCUCUAUUGUUUGCGCCGCUCUCUGAGAUCUGGGGCCGGGCUCAAAUCUUUCGCUUGACAAUGGGCCUGUUUGUAGCCUUUCAGAUAGGCUGUGCAUUAGCUCCCAACAUCACCUCACUUAUCGUCUUCCGCUUUUUCGCAGGCUUCUUCGGCUCCCCCACCGUCAGCAACUCGGGGGGUUCCAUCACUGACCUCUGGCCACAGAGCAACCGAUCUGUACCCAUGGCCUGCUUCUCUGCGGCUAGCUUCCUAGGCCCUGUUUUUGCCCCAGUGGUGGGUGGGUUCAUAUCGCAGUAUGCACCCUGGCGCUGGAACUUCUGGGUGGUGCUUAUCCUCAGCGGCGUAGUCUACGCUGCUGUCUUGUUCUUCCUACCCGAGACGUAUCCUAAUAAGCUGCUGUACGACAAAUCCCGGCGUCUGGGCCAUGGGAAUGAGAUCGGACAGCCCCAGGUCUACCAGCAGCUGUGCAGCAGUCUGACUCGUCCAUGGCUCAUGCUCUGUACGGAGCCCAUUCUCUUCCUGCUUUCUCUAUACAUGGCCUUCAUCUACGGUAUCCUCUAUCUGGACUUUACCGCCUAUCCAAUCGUCUACAAGGAGACGCGGAACUGGAGUCCCGGAAUGGCCGGCCUCUCAUUUCUCGGGAUCGGUGUCGGCAUGACCUUAGCGACCUUAGGUUCUCCUUACAUCAAUGUAAUCCACCGCCACUUUGUACUUCGCCUCGGACCUAAGCCAGAGGCUCGCCUGCCCCAUCUGAUCGUGCUCGCCUGGCUCAUCCCCAUCAGUCUGUUCUGGUUCGGCUGGUCCGCCAAACCCCCCACCCACUGGAUCUGCGGCAUCAUCGCCGGAGUCCCAUUCGGGUUCUCAAUCAUCCCUCUUUUCUUGGGUAUUAUGGCUUACCUGACAGACUGUUAUGGACCCUACGGCGCCAGUGCCCUGGCUGCUAAUGGUGUCUUGCGAUCCAUCUUUGGUGCCGUGUUCCCGCUCUUCGCCCAAGACAUGUACAAGGGUCUGGGCGUCUCAUGGGCCACCAGUAUCCUGGGUUUUGUCUCCCUGGCAAUGACGCCGCUACCGUGGAUGUUCUAUCGGUAUGGACCUCGCAUUCGUGCCCGGAGCAAAUAUCAUCAGAAGACAGCCGCGGACCCAUGGGAGUAG